GAAAAUCCCAUGGCAGGAUCCUGUGAGAUCAGCAACCUCCUUUCCAACUACAUUUCUGCCAUGUACCAGUCAGAGGAAAUGCCUCCAGAACCAGACCUGCUGACCCACCUUGGGGAUGAUGAGAGCCUUCUUCUCCCCUUGUCUAACUUAAAUGUGCCGAUAGAAACAACUGGCAAACCCACGUGGUAUGGCGAGAUGCCCCGUAGCUGGAGCAAGUCGCAAGUCCUGGAGUGGAUCAGCUACCAUGUGGAGAAAAACAAGUACGACGCCAGUGCCAUCGACUUCUCCUGCUGCAACAUGGAUGGUUACACUCUUUGCCAGUACACACGGGACCAGCUGGGGCUCAUCUUUGGGCCCCUGGGCGACGAGCUGUAUGAUCGCCUGCAUGAAAUCAAUUCAGUGCCAGAUGAACUGGCCUUUAUUAUGUCCGUGCUGACAAGUGGUGAUGAGGUCUCCCAAGAGUCCCUUCUGGACUCCAGCUGUUUAGAACUUGGAAACUCUUGCUGUCAGGAGGAGGAGAUGAAAUCAGCAAGCCUUUUCCCACAGCCCGACCUUGGCUACAUUUCUGGAGCCAUGUCACCAGACAGCUCUGGGUCUCUCACAGGGACUAUGUCUCAGAGCCCUCACUCUCAGGACUCCGGUGGAAGUGACCUUGAUCUUGACCCCAUAGACAUGAAGCAUUGUCCCUUUUCUGAUGGUGACUAUAAGAAAGACCUCAAAAAGCGGAAGAGGGGACGUCCCAGGAAGGUCAGCAAGGAGAACAGAGACUGCCUGGAGACCAAAAAGAGCAAGCACUCAGCCCCGAGAGGCAUCCACCUGUGGGAAUUCAUCCGGGACAUCCUAAUUCACCCGGAGAUGAAUGAGGGGUUGCUGAAAUGGGAAGACCGGCGAGAAGGCAUCUUCAAGUUUCUGCGCUCUGAGGCGGUGGCUCAGCUCUGGGGGCAGAAGAAGAAGAACAACAGCAUGACCUAUGAAAAGCUGAGCCGGGCUAUGAGGUAUUACUACAAGCGGGAGAUCCUGGAGCGAGUGGAUGGUCGGCGGCUUGUGUACAAGUUUGGGAAGAACUCCAGCGGGUGGAAGGAGGAAGAGGUGCAAGAGAGAAGCUAAAGAGAGCUGCAGGAGCUAAACACGGACUUGGCUUUGGCCCACCUGUGCUCAAAGGACUCGUUCUAAGCACAAUGCACUGAUGUGGGCCCCAGAGCCCUGAAGCUGCUUCCUCAAGCAGUGUGUGUUAGACUCCAGCCCCUUCACGGGGCAAAGUGUACAUGCUGGCUCCCAGCCGGAGCGCAGGUAAUUACAGCUGAUAUUUUGGCUCAAGUAGGUUAUUGUGAACCAUUCUUAUUUUGUUGCGAUUGGACUCUGGCUGCUGUUGAUUCUGAAUGGCAUAACAGUGCCUUUGGCUGUCCGAGGCCCUGUGCGGAAAUCACCCAGGCAGAAGGAACAGGCCGUUCUCAGCCAUUGCUUUGUCCCGAAGGAAAGGACAAUUCUCAGAACAUC